AUGAUCAUCGAGUACAAGUUUGCCAUGAUAUGCCUGCUUAUGAGGAACGCGCCCAUCGCCACGAAGUAUGCCUACACUUCCACCGAGACGUGGACCAAGUUCAACACCGAGAUCAUCAGCGACGAGUAUAAAGCGUUUCAGAACAUGCUCACGGGCUGGUACAUCAUCCCAGAGAAGAACUUCCAAUUGCAGGCCGAGGUGGCCUUC